UCUUUCUUUAUCUUUGAUCACCGAAGCAGUUCGUGGAGUGAAGUGAACAUCCGGCAUAUGCAGAGUAAGUCCGAGAAGACGUGCAGACAACCAGCAGCCUCACCCCUGACGGAUCUGCCUCCGUCAUCCAGGUCCCCGGUGAGGGAUUCACACAGGGAUCAUCACAUUCCACCAUGGGCCACCACAUCCGCACAACGAUCAACCACUACGAUGAUCCAGAGGAUGGCACUCCCCCAACACCGGUAUACGUGGGAAGUACCCAAGUCAACAACUCCCGCCCCAUGAUUGCCAUUCCCGUGACAGUCACCGAUAUCACCGGUCACGAAUCGACAUUCACCCUUGACACCCACGGCUUCCAAUACCACACCAAACCCACCUCCUUUUCGGCCUUCCACGACGAACAGCAGAUAGCACACGACUACUACAGGGAGUGUGAGCGCCUCAUCCGAGACCUGUCCGUCACGCAUCCUUACCCACACCAAUGACCAUGUUGCUAAACCCCCACCCAAGCACGAACGCCUCCAACGUUCUAGCCUUCGACCACAAGGUUCGGCGCGGUCCCUCCCACUGGCACAGCAUCAAAGAGAACAACGCCGCCUGCCGAGGCCCCUUGCAUAAAGCCCAUGUCGACCAAUCCUACGACGGGGCGGUCCUCAGGCUGAGGGAGCAGUUCCCCAACGAAACUGACUUUACGGCAGUCAGCCAGAAGCGAUGGCAGAUCAUUAAUAUCUGGCGUCCCCUCUCCCCCAUCCUGAGAGACCCCCUAGCCCUCUGCUCUGCCCCUUCAGUCCCCGACACCGACCUCCUCCCCGCCUCCAUCAUCUACCUCAAGACCGGUAAACGCAACGAGUCCUGGACCGUCAAGAAGCCCAAGCCUUCCAGCAGUCACAAGUGGUACUACAAACACCACCAGCAACCCACAGAAGUAAUCCUCAUCAAGUGUUUCGACAGUGAUCUAACCUGUCCAGCUCGAAGAGUGCCGCACUGUGCGGUUGAAGAUCCAGAGCACAUAACCGCAGCAGACAGAGAAAGCGUGGAGGUGAGGUGCUUGGUGUUUUACUGACGAUAACCACCACCAAAAUGUAGGAUGGAAUGAAGGCUCUUAAACAAAGUUGGUAUCAUUUCAGCCCCCAUGCCCCUAUAUCCCACUACCCAUACUGGUGAAGAAGUACAAUUCGAAUAAAUCUACAGUGAAAAAUCGUAGAGAUCUCCCAGCAAAGGAGGAUGCAAUGAUACGCGCUUUUGUGUCCUCAAACAACCGCAGCCAGAA